GGUCUUUCCAUAUUCUCGUUCGGCUCCAAUUGUUUUUACCUUUUCCCUCCUCGUCAUCCUCUUUUUCUGCAGCUCUGCAACUUCCCAAGCUUCCACCCACCCAAGUGAUAUAUUUCCCUCUUCUUGGCUCAUCUCACUCUUCAAGGCCAUACCUUUCCAUCGGAUAUGGGCAUCUUGAGCUGGGUCACUCUCUCCCUGAUACUCGGCAUGCGGUGCUUCACCUCGUCGGAUGCUUCCUUCAGCUCGGAUGGGCUCCCGGGAACGGGCAAGAAGUUUCUUGAUCUCGCGAAAAGGAAGGAGCUUGCUGAUUGGAUGGUCGGAAUCAGGAGGAAGAUACACGAGAACCCGGAGCUGGGGUACGAGGAAUUCGAGACCAGUAAACUGAUCAGAGCCGAGUUAGACAAAAUGGGGAUUGCUUACAAGCACCCAGUUGGAGUCACUGGGGUUGUCGGGUUCAUUGGGACCAUUAAGCCCCCCUUUGUUGCCCUGAGGGCUGAUAUGGAUGCUCUUCCCAUGCAGGAAAUGGUGGAAUGGGAAUAUAAGAGUAAGGUUGCAGGGAAGAUGCAUGCGUGUGGUCAUGAUGCUCAUGUUGCUAUGCUUCUCGGUGCCGCGAAGAUUCUCCAACAACAUCGAAGUGAAAUUCAAGGCACAAUAGUUUUAGUUUUCCAACCAGCUGAGGAAGGAGGUGGAGGGGCGAAGAAAAUGUUAGAUGAGGGAGCUCUUGAGAAUGUGGAAGCUAUUUUCGGGAUUCAUGUGGCUCCUCAUAUUACUGUCGGAGAAGUUGCUUCAAGGUCUGGCCCGCUAUUAGCUGGGAGUGGCUUCUUCGAGGCUGUGAUAAGUGGCAGAGGAGGCCAUGCUGCAAUUCCUCAGCACACGAUAGAUCCUGUAGUGGCCGCCUCAAGUGUAGUCAUUAGCUUGCAGCAUCUCAUUUCUCGUGAAGCUGACCCACUGGACUCGCAGGUGGUCACAGUUGCCAAAUUUCAAGCAGGUGGAGCAUUUAAUGUCAUCCCAGACUCAGUAACAAUAGGUGGGACGUUCCGUGCAUUUUCGGGAAACAGCUUGAUACAACUGAAGGAGAGGAUCAAGGAGGUCAUAGUCCGACAAGCAGCAGUUCAACGGUGCAAUGCCACAGUUGAUUUCCUGACAGACGAGAAACCCUUGUUCCCCCCGACCGUGAACAAUCCUGACUUGCACCCAUUCUUCCAAAGAGCUGCAGAUGAUGUCCUCGGCACUGGUAAGGUCCAUGAUAUGCAGCCUCUGAUGGGUUCAGAGGACUUCUCUUUCUACCAGGAUGCAGUGCCAGGAUACUUUUUUUUCCUCGGGAUGGUCCCUGAGUCAUCACAAGGGAAUCUCGAGACCGUGCACUCUCAGUAUUUUCAGGUCAAUGAGGAUGUUCUCCCUUAUGGUGCUGCUCUUCAUGCUUCUCUGGCCACUAGGUUUAUUCUCGAACAUCAGAAGGGGAAGAGUGAUUCUUUGACAGGGGGAAGGCAUCGCGAUGAAUUGUAAGAUGGACGUUUUUCACGUUAACCCGCGGAAUUGAUUUCUCUCCGGCACACUUCACCUGACAUGAUUUUAACAGUAACAUGAACUGAUGAACCGCUCAUGGAACGCUUGCUUGAAUAUAAUUAUUUGUUCGCUCGGGCAAGCUCAUCAGGAAAACAGUCGUAAAUGCUUUCAAAAUAAGGGUCUUUUAACAUGACCCGACAAUCAUUGUACCAGCAGGCAGCGGAUGUAAGACGACAUUAUAUGCUAUCAAGGUGAAAUUCUCCUGAUU